UUACUUCAUUGAGUUAGGAACUCGUAACGGUUAAUGCGUAACAUGAAGCAACUCCUAGUUAUUUGCGCAAUUAUCCUUUCGGCAUCAGCGGCCUUUGAACGACCCGAUUGGUAUCCUGAGAAUGGCUCACAGAUUGAAGCUGAUUGUAUGUCAAAAAUUGCCGUUGGUGAUGAUAUUUUGAAUAAAUUACGAAAACUCCAAAUCGAUGAUAAUGAAAAAACUCGCGACCUUAUACUUUGCUGUCUAAGAAAUACCAAUGUCUAUAGACCCGGUCAAGGUCCUGAGGCAGACCGCAUUGCUGUUGCAUUUCAACAGAGUCUUAAACUAAAUUGCGAAGAGGAUUUGAUUAAUGGCUGUAUUUCAAAAUACAAAGAUGAAAAACCCGAAAAUUAUCAAUUUUUCAGAAUCAUCAAAUGUAUCUAUGAUGAAGCUCCUGCCAGAUGUAAACCUUAAAUUUACCUAAAGAAAUGGUCAGUGGCAUACAUUUGCCCAUAUAGUGGUCCAGGUAUCAAAAAUAUAUAAAAUUGUGAUAAGGAAAGCAAAACAAGUAAAAUUGUAUUAAGAUUUUAUAUACCAAGAACCCUGGACGAUUUCAUCGUAUACACUGAAAAUUUUGUCCUAACGGAU